AUGGAUGCUAACUCUCACGUUGUACUCGUUAGUAGCAAAGCGGGUUUCCAUCCACACGAUGGUGCACCAACUGGGUCAACCGCAUGGCGGGAGCAGAAUCCAGGGAGGCAGGAGGCGAAUCCAGCCAAGCAGAAUGAGAAUCCAGCGAGCCAGAGUCCGAAUCAAGUGAGGCACAACCAGAGUCCAGCGAGGCAGCAGCUGCUGUACCUGGAAAGGUGUGGGAGAGAGGGGAGAGCAGCCGAGGCAUUGAUGAUGCUGGGAGUGAUGGAAGGGGAGGAGGGUGUGGGGGAGGAGGAAGAGGAGGGGGAGGAGGGGGAAGAGGGAGAGGAGGGGGAGGAGGGGGAGGAGGGAGAGGAGUGGGAGGAGGACGAGGAGGAGGACGAGGAGCGGGAGAGGAAAGAGGAGGGUUACAGAGCGAGAGGGCAUGGGGGAUUAGGUGGUGAAAGAAGGGGAGGUGAGGGAGGGGUGAGAGUUGACAGGAGUUGGUUGAGUGCAGCAGCUUUCUGUCAUGCCAUGCGUGCCCUGCUCAAUGCAAAUUGGCCGCUGACCGCAUUCAGACGUGCUGACGUGGACAUUGAGUCGGUGCCAGCUGGCAAUCGUCGUUCAUCACCUUCUGUGUCUUCUUUUGGACGAGUGUCAGAUGCUGCGUCAGCGCUCGCCGCCCGGAUGGCAGCAGUCGGAGUCAUACCCAACCGGCAGUUUUGUCUUCAUCUGGUGGAGGCUUAUCUGAGGGACGGGAGGGUGGAAGAAGCGGAGGAGGCGUGUGAGAGAGUGAGGGAGGAGGGGUGGAAGGUUCCCGGGAAGGUUCUGAGAAGGAUUGUGCGGGCUUGGGCUAGAGAGGGGAGAGCAGGGGAGGCAGAGGAAGGAGUGAGGGCGAUGGUGAAAGAAGGGGUGCAAUUGGAUGUUGCCACGUGUAACAGCAUGAUUGGGCUGUAUGCUCGUGUGGGGGCGUAUGACAAGGCAGGGAGAGUGUGGGAGUGGAUGGAGGAGAAUGGUGGAGAAGAGGAGGAGGAAACGGAAGGGGAGUGGGGAGUGAGAGGAGGGGAGUGGGAAGAGAAAGGAGGAGGGGAAGAGGCGAGGAAGAGGAGGAGGGGAAAUAAUUGCACUCCAACUGAAGCAACGUAUCGUGCCCUCAUCCGCAUGUACACCCGUGCGGGCAUGCCCAACGAAGCCAUCCACGUGCUGCAAGCCAUGAGCGCUCGUGGCCUCCCUUGGAGGGAUGGCCUGCUGGCGUCUGUCAUUCGCUGCCUUGCCACUGCUGGCAGGUGGAGAGACGCUCAAGACCUGUUUUACAAAGCACAGCGGGUGGCCGAAGCCCUCGCUAGCGAAGCUUUAGCUGAACCAGCAUUGCAGGCUCGGCCCGAACCUGUGGUCUGGAGAAAUAUCCAGCUCGAGACUGCAGCUUUGGGAUCGAGCAUAGCGUCGAGUGCUGCUUGGAAAACGAAAGAGCUGGAGCCCGCAGGGUGGGAGGAGCACGGGGGAAAUGAUGCUUUGGGAAGAAGGGAGUUCAAGCCUGCUGCGUGGAAGAACCAGGAGGAAGUAGUAGGCGAGCAGUCUUACAAGGCUCUUAUGAGUGCUUACCAACGGGCAGGGCAGGCGGAGAAGGCUGAGGAGCUGCUGCUGGCUAUGGAGAAGAGAGGCAUGCCCCUGACAGCGGACCUGUACCAUAUGGUCAUGGACGCACAUGGCAGGGCAGGCAACACAGCAGCUGCAGAGGCCAUUCUGGAGAGACAGCUCAACCACUCCAGGCAACUGUCUGCCGAACCACUUGCCGAACCAUCUGCCGAACCAUCUGCCGAACCAUCUGCCGUGCCAUCCACCGAAUCCUCCGCUGAACCUUCCUUGUCAGCAUCAGACCCAGCAGCAAUAAGUUCCAGAUUUGAUGACGAUGUUAUGUCAGCCACAAGCACCACGUCAUCCAGUGCCACGUCAUCCAGUGCCACGUCAUCCAAUGCCACGUCAGCAUCAUCAACAGCCACCCCACCGUUUGCGCCGCCCAGGCCGGACAUCGUCCAGCUCACCUCCCUCGUGCACGCAUACCUGCGGGAGGGAAACUUCCGGGAAGCAGCAGUGCGUGUGCGGCAGAUGCGGGAGCUUGGGCUGGUCCCCACCUACAAGACGUGGGCCACUGUUGUGGGCGGUGCUGCGCGGUGUCAGGAUUUAAGGGACUGCUUCUCUCUACUAGAAGCGCUCUCCUUUGUGGGGUUUGACGUUCCUGAGAGGCUACUCCUCCAGUGUGACGACGACACCUGGACGGAUAUCGACAGUCUGCUGACGUGGCUGCUGGAGAGGGAUGCCAGCUGGAGCCGACAAAUCGCCACAGAAGGGAGCAAUGCUGAAAAGGGGGAAACGAGUGGCGUCAGGGAGGGGAGUGCAGGUCGGAACGCAGAGGGAAGUGUGGCGGAGGGCAGUGCAACGAGGAGCGCAGAGGAAAGUGUGGCAGAGGGGAGUGCAACGAGCAAGAGCAUGGUGAAUGAGGGCAGUGCAGCGAGGAGCACUGUCAACGUGCUGAUAGACCUGCUGUGGUGCUUCGGCCAGCGAGCCAGGGCCCACCGCCUCUUCCUCCUCUCGACCCACCGCGGCGUCUAUCCCCGAUUCACUGCCCGGGCUGCUCCUGAGGACUGGAAGCUGGACGUGCGCACUCUCUCCCCUGGGGCUGCCCUCGUUGCUCUACACCACUGGCUCGACAUGGUGCAGGUCAGUCACCCUCCUCUGCCCUGUCUCACCACUGCCAUCUGUCGCUCCCUCCUCUACUUUCUUCUCCACCCCUGUCUCUCUCCCCUGGGGCUGCCCUCGUUGCUCUGCACCACUGGCUCGAUAUGGUGCAGGUCAGUCAACGCCUCUCCCCUGCGCUCACUUUCCCUCCUCUUUCUCUCUUUCUCCCCGCUGCUGCCCUCAUUCCUCUGCACCACUGGCUUGACCUGGUGCAAGUCCGCUCCGCUUCCCUCUACUCCAAUGAUUAACCCUUCUCCUCCCUCUCCUCACUCUCUUAUCACCCUUGCUUCUUGCCUCAUUGCCCUGCCAUGCCCUGCCAUGCCCUGCCAUGCCCUGCCCUGCCCUGCCCUGCCAUGCAUACUCCGCUCCGCCGUCCAUGUCCGUCCAUCCCGCUUAUCCCCCUUCUCAUCUCGACCAUGCCGUCCCAUCUCCACCACCCCCAUCCCUGCCCUUCCAUCCCCAUCCAUCCCCUCUCAUCCCACCAUCCCCUCUCAUCCCACCAUCCCCUCGCAUCCCACCAUCCCCUCGCAUCCCACCAUCCCCUCGCAUCCCCAUCCACUCCAACAGGACGCUGCUCUCCAGGGUGUUCCAGCGCCCCGCCACGUCAGCAUCGUGACAGGUGGCAUGCUGCAGCGCGUCACCAGCAGCAGCAGCAGCAACAGCGGCAUGCCAGGUGGCAGCGUGUCAUUGAAGCGCACUGUGCGCAGCUGGCUAUGGGCCAUGGGGGCACCGUUCCGAGCUGACGAGGACAGGGAGGGCGUGCUGACAGCUAGAGGCUAUUCUGUGGAGAGAUGGGUCAAGGUGAGUCAACAUGGGUCAACGGGGGUCUGUUCUGGUGAUGAAAUCUGA